GAAUUGCUUGCUUGUGUCACCACCGGUUCGCACUUGGCCAGCGUGGUGGACUAGGCCUAAACCCUUCCUUCAUUGGAAGGAGACCCGUGCCCCAGCAGUGGGGACGGGUCUUGAUGAUGAUGAAGAAGAAUAUCUGGUUGCAGGGCUUAAAGCAGAAGCUGCUCUCGAUCGGAGACUGCGACCUGGCGGGGGCCGCCUACGACGAGGAACACCGGAUCCCCCACUACGCUGCACUGAUCAAGUUCCACGGACAGACCUACGUCGCGUACAACUUCAGCAUCGUGAAACCCACGCCGCCUGUCUCGAUCACGUUCCGCGUGCUCAAGUUCGUGCCGCCGGCGUGGGAGGUGGAGCUGCAGCUGGACGGGCUGACCUGCCGCAGCCCCGUCGUGGCCAUGGCGCUCACCAAGCUCAAGAUCGACUACGACAAGACGGCUUGCGUUGCUGGUGUGGGUAAUUAUUCGAUGGAACGGUUCAACUUCAACGAUUUCUUCCCCAUCUACCAGCACCUCAUGCAGAAGGGGGAACAUUACAGGCUCCAGUUCCAGGUCUCAUCCCCGAAGGGGGUGAUGGCGUGUGAGGCGAUGACGCUCGCGAUCCUGCGUUGAUUCCGGG